AUGCAGCGGGCGCGCCCCUCGCCGGCCGGGGCGCCGGGCGGGCGGGCGGGCGGGCGGCGAGGCGCCGGGGCGCGGCGGGCAGAGUUGGGGCGCCUGCUGCCCCGCGCGCGCGCCCCGAGCGCGUCCCCUCCCGCCCGCUGCGCCUGCGCACUGGCGCCGCCCGCGCCCCGGCCGCGGUCCUCCGGCGACCGCGCUGCGACAGCUGAGCUCGGAGCCGCGGGCCUGGGCGCGCGAGGCACACGCGCGCGCCCCGGCCCGCACCCCAACUCCGCAUCCCAGGCCCCCCGCCGCCGGAGGAGCCGCGUGAACCUCGGGCGCCCACCUACCCCGCUCCCGGCCUCAGUUUCCCCACUGGUGGGCAGUGCCACGCACUGUGCUGUCUCUUGGGGCGUUAGAAAUGCUGAAAUUUUGCGCUUUUCCCCUUUGGGAGGGCUUACCUUGUAUGCCCCCCCAAUAAAAGCAGGUCCCUCUAUUCUAGAGGAACGCAAAGUGGGGCCCACGCUUGACUGCGGAUCCAUAGCCAGGGCCCUGCGAGGUGAGGCGAUGCCCAAGGACCCGGAGGAGGGGAGGAAGGUGGCCGCCCGCGGCAUCUCCCCACAGGCCAUCUGCACGCGGGACCCUCCACACGGCGGGCUGUGGGCAAGUCCUGCCCUGGUCCCUACACCCCCUGCAUUCGAGUUAGCCGGGUCCUGCCGCGGCUACCGCGCGCUCCUCGUGGGUGAAGGCUGGUCACGAGGGAUCCCUCAGACCAUCUUGCAAAACAACAACAAUAGUGAUGGCAAUAACAGAGCUGCUAGUUACAAACAUCACUACAGCCAGACGGGGCCUGCCGGCUGCCCCCACUCGUCCACAGAGGCCCCACUGAGCCUGUACGGCUCCACCUGCUUCUUCUCUCCUCGCCCCCGGGGCCCCAAGCAACAUGCAAACUUCUCCUGUCUCCGCUCCUUCAUUGGCACCCGGUUCCGUCAUGAGGCGGCCGCCGUGGCAGGGUCAGAGAGCCAGCUCAAGAAAAUGGUGUCCAAGUUCAAAUACAGAGACCCAACUGUACGUAAAACUGUCAGCGUUAUCACUUUAUACAAAGAUCUCAAACCUGUAUUGGAUUCGUAUGUUUUUAAUGAUGGCAGUUCCAGGGAGCUCAUGAACCUCACUGGAGCAAUUCCUGUGCCUUAUAGGGGUAUACAUAUAAAUAAUCCAAUAUGCCUCUGGCUGCUGGACACAUACCCAUAUAAUCCCCCUAUCUGUUUUGUUAAGCCUACUAGUUCAAUGACUAUUAAAACAGGAAAGCAUGUGGAUGCUAAUGGGAAGAUAUAUCUUCCUUAUCUACAUGAAUGGAAACACUCACAGUCAGACUCAUUGGGGCUUAUUCAAGUCAUGACUGUAGUGUUUGGAGAAGAACUUCCAGUCUUUUCUCGUCCUACUAUUUCAGCAUCCUAUCCACCAUACCAGGCAACAGGGCCACCAAAUACUUCCUACGUGCCAGGCAUGCCAAGUGGAAUUUCUGCAUACCCAUCCGGAUACCCUCCCAACCCCAGUGGUUACCCAGGCUGUCCUUACCCACCUGGUGGUCAGUAUCCUGUCACAACAAGUUCCCAGUACCCUUCCCAGCCUCCUGUGACCACUGUUGGUCCCAGUAGGGUUGGCACAAUCAGCGAGGACACGCUAUCUGCCUCUCUCAUCUCAGCAGUCAGUGACAAACUGAGAUGGCGGAUGAAGGAAGAAAUGGCUCGUGCCCAGGCAGAGCUCAAUGCCUUGAAACGAGCAGAAGAAGACCUGAAAAAAGGUCACCAGAAACUGGAAGAGAUGGUGACCUGUUUAGAUCAAGAAGUAGCUGAGGUUGAUAAAAACAUAGAACUUUUGAGAAAGAAGGAUGAAGAACUCAGUUCUACUCUGGAGAAAAUGGAAAAUGAAUCUGAAAACAAUGAUAUUGAUGAAGUUAUCAUUCCCACAGCCCCACUAUACAAACAGAUCCUAAAUCUGUAUGCAGAGGAAAAUGCUAUUGAAGACACUAUCUUUUACCUGGGAGAAGCCUUGAGGCGGGGAGUAAUAGACCUGGACGUCUUCCUGAAGCAUGUAUGUCUUCUGUCCUGUAAACAGUUCCAGCUGAGGGCAUUAAUGCAGGAAGCAAGAAAGACUGCCGGUCUCAGUGACCUCUACUGA